CCCCCCGCGCCCGGAAUGGUUCGCUCCGCGCCCUAUUUAGCCGGCGCGCCCGCAGCCCGCGGCUCCUGCGUCCCGGCCGGGCUCCCCAGCGGCCGGACCGCGGCCCGAGAGCGGCCCCGAGCCAUGGGGGCCCCGCGCGCGCUGCCGCUGCCGCUGCUGCUGCUCCUGGCGUGUUGCGGGGCGCCCGGCGCGGCCACCCCCACGCAGGACGGCAUCUGGCAGGAGCGGGACGUGGAGCCGGGAACCCUGGCUCCCGUGGAUGAGGCCGUGGGCUCCACAGGCUGGAGCAGCCCCGACAGCCAAGACAGUCAACCCUGGACGUCAGACGAGACAGUAGUGGCUGGGGGCACCGUGGUGCUCAAGUGCCAGGUGCGGGAGCACGAGGACUCCUCCCUGCAGUGGUCCAACCCCGCCCAGCAGACGCUGUACUUCGGGGAGAAGCGAGCCCUCCGAGACAACCGGAUCCAGCUGGUGAAGUCGACGCCCCAUGAGCUCAGCAUCAGCAUCAGCAGCGUGGCGCUGGCAGACGAGGGCGAGUACACCUGCUCCAUCUUCACCAUGCCCGUGCGCACCGCCAAGUCCCUGGUCACCGUGCUGGGAGUCCCGCAGAAGCCCGUCAUCACCGGGUACAAGUCCCCGCUGCGGGAGAACGAGAGAAUCACGCUCAACUGCCGCUCCUCGGGGAGCAAGCCCGCGGCCCAGCUCAGCUGGAGGAAGGGGGACCAGCUGCUGCAGGGAGAACCGACCCGGAUCCAGGAAGACCCCAACGGGAAGACCUUCACCGUCAGCAGCUCCGUGACCUUCCAGGUGUCCCGGGAGGAUGACGGGGUGGACAUCGUGUGCGCCGUGAAGCACGAGUCCCUCAAGGGCGUCGACCGAUUCACCACGCAGCGCAUCGAAGUCCUGUACACACCCACAGCCAUGAUCAGGCCGGACCCACCGCACCCCCGCGAGGGCCAGAAGCUGCUGCUGCACUGCGAGGGCCGAGGAAACCCUGCCCCCCAGCAGUUCCUGUGGGAAAAGGAGGGCAGCCUGCCACCCCUGAAGAUGACGCAGGAGCGCGCCCUCCUCUUCCCGCUGCUCAACAAGAGCGACAGCGGCACCUACGGCUGCACGGCCACCAGCAACAUGGGCAGCUUCAAGGCCUACUACACGCUGAACGUCAACGACCCCAGCCCGCUGCCCUCGUCCCCUAACAACUACCACGCCAUCAUCGGCGGGAUCGUGGCGUUCGUCGUCUUCCUGAUGCUUAUCCUGCUCAUCUUCCUCGGCCACUACCUGAUCCGGCACAAAGGCACUUACCUGACUCACGAGGCGAAGGGCUCCGACGACGCCCCGGACGCAGACACGGCCAUCAUCAACGCAGAGGGCGGGCAGGCAGGCGGCGAGGACAAGAAGGAGUAUUUCAUCUAGAGCCCUGCCCGGGCCGGGGCCCGCAGCCUCCACCCACCGGACUUGUACAGAGCGACCUCGGCCGCCCUCCCGCUUGCUCCCCGCCCCCACCCCUGUACAGAAUGUCUGCUUUGGGGGGACGGUUUUGUACUCGGUUUGGAAUGGGGAGGGAGGGGGCGGGGGGAGGGUGCCCUCAGCCCUUUCCAUGGCUUCUCUGCGUUUUGGGUUCUUCUUAGUUUUGUAACAAUCCCAAAUCCGAUCCAACUCCAGGCUGGAGCAGGGGCCCUGGGUGGAGGCGGGCACCAGACUAGGAGGCCCGCCCGGGCUCUGGGCAGCGCAGGGGGGUGGCCCCCUGGGGGGCGCAGGACGGUGCAGACCCACGGGGGCUACUGGGGACCACCCUCCCCGCCGCCGCGUGGAGGAAGCCACGCAGGGCCAGCCGCGGGGAGAGUGGACAGCGCCCGGGGCCUCGGCCGCCCAGCUCUGGCCUGCUGCACGGUCCCUCCCGCUUUCCCGAGCGCCCCCACCCCCGCCCACAGGCAGCUGCAACAAGAAUACUAAAGGCUUCGUGCUCAGCGCGGUUUUCUGCCCCCGCAGCCCCGUGUGUGUGCAUGGAACACGCAGUCCCGUGUGCGCGCGCGCGUGCCUGUGUGCAGGUACGCCCGAGUGAGGUGUCUGACGUGUGCGGUGCGUGUGCGUGAGUGUCCGGCCAAGGUGACUGACACAGAAGGGGAGGGGGCCGGGUGCUUCCCUGGGCAGGGCACCCGGCCCGACCGUGGUGCACACGUGUCCUUUGCUAUGCAGCCCGGGCUCCCGCGGCCCCUGACCUAGAAUGACCAUCACUCGUCCCCCCGUCUGGCCGCGGCCCUCCCGUCUGGCCGCUCUUCCUGGUGGGGGAGUGGGUGGCCGUGGCCGCAGGCUGCUCUUCCCGUCCCCCGUGUGUCCCCCACAGCCCGGGGGCGCCCGUGGGGGCUACCUCAGCUCCGCCCCUUCCCUUCAGGUACUGACCUGGGGGUCUCCCCCCGCUGCACGCCGGGCCCCAGACCCCUCCAGCUGCGGGCAGGGGGCUGCACCGUCUCCAGCACCCGCUUCGGGAACGGACUUUUCCUUAAGCUGAAACACACUCUGUCCAUAUUACACAGAAGCCAUAUUUGUACGGGCGGGGGGGUCUGUGCUGUGCGUGUCUGUCGUGGGGUGCCGGGAGGGUUGUGUAUCUUUAUAAUCUUUCUAACCCUGUGCUAAUCUCGAGGGGCCUUCCUCAAUAUAUCUGGUCACCGUG